ACAAAUAAAUCGAUGACACAGCAAUUAUAUCGAUUAUUGGACUUGUCAAAUCCUCUAUUAUUUCUGCUAAUAGAAUAUGGCUGAAGCUUCGUGCUGUUCAAUGUGUACUUUUUUUAUUCCUGAAGUUCAUACUUGCCCAGUGAACUUCUUUAAUCAUGUGUUCAAACAGCACCGAUAUUCAAAACAUUUUUAUAUUGCGUGCAAAUAUCCUGGGUGCAACGCACAUCAUCAUGUUUACGAAUCUUACAGACGUCAUUGGAAAAAAAAACACUCAGUUCGUGUUGUACAGCAUCAGGAUGCUGCAAGAAACGUAUUUGUUCCUGCUGGAAUGCUGGUAACUAUCGAAGAACCCUCUACAUCUCAAGACACCCUUUCUAAUACAGCCGAAGGAGAUGGUUUAGAACCAGAGUUGGACGCAUCAGGAACAGAAACUGAAAUAUGUAACAUCGAAGAACCUACAGCAAAAUCUGAUUCUCAGCUGGUGUGGGAAGCUGGAAUUUUACUCGUGCUGAGACAAAAAUUUUAUCUUCCAUUUGAGGCAUUGCUUUUUGUCUCAGAUGCCAUCCACGAUAACUACCAAAAAAAUGUUAAGACUAUCCAUGUAAUUAUCUCCAUAGUUUUUUAUGUUGUGUUCCAACUGUAUAAUAAUCGUAUACUUCCCCACAUAUAUAGGAACAGCUAAAGGUAUUGUUGACACAAGAAGUAAUUGGCUCACCAUCUUUUCAACAAACGUUUGAAACACUCAGUCAUCAACAUCAGCUCACUCGUUACCGGUUAGAAAUGCUAUGGAAAAAGUAUUUCUCAACAAUUAUGCCCCAGUCUGUUAUUUUAAACGAAACAGAACCAUCAUACGACUGGGUAAGUGACCCAGAAUUUGGCUUAAUAAUUGAUGAGGUAUUCGAGACGGGGUAUGUAGUGCCAUUUCUAGAUUCCUUGCAACAGUUUCUUUGUAUUAAGGAAGUCUAUGACUCCGUUAUGUAAAAUUUCAGUUCCCAAACAACAGACCCCACCGACAGUUAUGCUGACGUGUGGGAAGGUCAGUAUGUUAAAAAUCUUCCAAUUUAUAUUCAACAUCACGGGAACUUGUUAGGUAUUCAGUUGUAUAUGGAUGAAGUUGAGUUGGCGAAUCCAUUAGGCAGCAAAAAGGGGAAGCACAAGGUCUCUGUUUUUUAUUGGACUCUUAUGAAUUUGCCCCCUAAAUUUUGCUCGUCGUUACGUUCAAUAAUGUUACUUGGCGUUUUAAGCAGCGAUCUGCUUAAACAGCGUGGAACUGCCGUAUUUCUAAAAUCCUUUGUAUCUGAUCUCAUUUUUUUGCGGGAUGGUGUUAUACUUACUGUUAGGAAUGAAAGUCUAAAGUGGUACGGGAUAUUGUUGCAUUUCGUGGGGGAUAUUCCUGCAUCAAAUUUCAUUGCUGAAUUCAAAGAAGGCGUCGGUGCAGCAAAUUUACCUUGUAGAUCGUGCAUGAUCAUUAGAAAUGACUUGGAAACUAUUCACUUAGAAUCCGAUUGCAUUUUACGAGACAAAAUUUCUCAUGAAGCGCAAGUUUCACAAAUCGAAUGUGCUGAAAAUCAGACAGCAGCUCAAAAAGAUUCAAUUUCAACUCGUUUUGGCGUAAAUUGUCGAUGCAUUUUUACAAUUUUAAAAUAUUUGGACGCAACGAAGUGUUUUAUGCACGAUCUGAUGCAUGUAUCCAACGAAAGAAUUUUGAAUAAAGAAAUUGCUCUUUUACUGAAAUACCUAAUCGAACAUCCGAUAAUAAAACUGGAUCUAGAUAUUGUAAAUUACAAGAUAUCUACAGUGAAAAGCUCUCGUGAAUUCACGAUCCCUCCACCAAUAAGAAAGAACGAGGUUUUAGAAUUUAAAAAAUUGUCGUUUUCAUCAUCUGAAAUUUCUAGUUUAUCAAUGUGUCUAGCGCUUGUGUUGGGUGAAUUUGUUUCAGACGACGAUGUACACUAUGCCAACUUUUUGUUAUUGCUAGAAAUUUUGGCUUCGCUGCAAAGUUAUCAAUUUUCUGAGCAAGAUUUGCAAAUGCUUGCCAAAAAUAUUGAACUCCACAACCGCAAUCAUGUCCUUUUAUACCCUAAACCUUUGGAUUCUGAUAGCAAAUCAAUUACUCCUAAACAUCACUCUUUAUUGCACUUCAUUAGUCAAAUCAAAAUGUUUGGUCCCCCUCGGUAUUCCUGGUGCAUGCGUUAUGAGUCGCUGAAUUCAAAAUUUUAAAAAAUCAUGAGACGUAAUAGUAAUUUCUUAACGUCCCUUUCACUAUGGCUGCACACCAUCACAAACUCGUUGACUUAUACAUGAAAACUGACGGCGAAGGUCA